CUUCCACUCACUCUCCGGCACGUUGCCUAUGAGUUCGAGGGAAUCAAUUCAGAGUACGGACUCGAAUCAGUAUUUCAAUGGCAAUCGCUCGUGCCAGAUAGAACCGCUGGUUUUGUUCAUCUUGGAGAAGAUAAUUUUCCAUUCGCCGUCUCGAUGUACCAUUCCCUUCAUUGCCUCGACACAGUCCGUCGCGCUAUCUUGGAGGCAGACACGUACACUUGCACCAACGGCUCUCGCGACAAACUCGACAUGGCAAUGAAACACUCCAAGCACUGUUUCGAUUAUAUUGCUCAGCUCUUACUCUGCACGGCUGACUCAACCCUAGAGCCUAUUGUGGAUGAUGGUCUCGAGCAGAAUCCCUCGGCCGUUCCCGCGUGGGCGUUAGCGGGUGUUGGGGUUACUCAUAGAUGUUGUGACUGGAACCAAGUCCGCCGAUUCGUUGAA